GGGCGGGGCGGGGCAAACAGAUGGCCACUGGACAUUGGCUCUAGGCCGCAGGACUGCACCCCUGCCUCUGGGUCCAGCCAUAGUGAGGACUUUGUACCCAUGGGGGUGGAGAGGAUGGAGGGAGGGCAGGGGCGGACUGCCCUGGGUCCCAGGCCCUGGCUGUCCUGGGCAGGGGUGCUCAGGUAAGGUGGGGUCAGGAGGCACCCCAGUGGGGCUGAUCAUCAGCAGUCAUGGAGGCUGUGAGAGGCAGGGAGAGAGCACCCCAGGACCCCCUUCUCCAGGCCACGCACUCCCUAUGUGGGCGCCUUAAUAUCUGAUAGGUCUCUAUUUGUCAGGGAGCUGCAGGAGCCUUGGAGCAGAUUGUGGGGCCUUGACAGGGGCAUUUCAGAGAAAGUCAGGAUCCGCCUUCAUGUGUCUCCCUCGAUGAAGGGGCCACGGCAAGAUCCUCCCGGCUCAGGGGUUCAUGCCUGGGCACACAUGCAGGAUUCUGCAGGCCAGUGUGCACCGAGCCCCCAACUUGGGCCUCCCUACCUCAGGUGACCAGAAGUCAGCAGCUUCCCAGAAGCCCCGAAGCCGGGGCAUCCUCCACUCACUCUUCUGCUGUGUCUGCCGGGAUGAUGGGGAGGUCCUGCCCGCCCACAGCCGGGCGCCCCUGCUUGUGGAGGAGAAUGGCGCCAUCCCCAAGCAGACCCCAGUCCAAUACCUGCUCCCUGAGGCCAAGGCCCAGGACUCGGACAAGAUCUGCGUGGUCAUCGACCUGGACGAGACCCUGGUGCACAGCUCCUUCAAGCCAGUGAACAACGCGGACUUCAUCAUCCCUGUGGAGAUUGAUGGGGUGGUCCACCAGGUCUACGUGUUGAAGCGGCCUCAUGUGGAUGAGUUCCUGCAGCGAAUGGGCGAGCUCUUUGAAUGUGUGCUAUUCACCGCCAGCCUCGCCAAGUAUGCAGACCCAGUAGCUGACCUGCUGGACAAAUGGGGGGCCUUCCGGGCCCGGCUGUUUCGAGAGUCCUGCGUCUUCCACCGGGGGAAUUAUGUGAAGGACCUGAGCCGGUUGGGCCGAGACCUGCGGCGGGUGCUCAUCCUGGACAACUCGCCCGCCUCCUAUGUCUUCCAUCCGGACAAUGCCGUACCGGUGGCCUCGUGGUUUGACAACAUGAGUGACACAGAGCUCCACGACCUCCUCCCCUUCUUCGAGCAACUCAGCCGCGUGGACGACGUGUACUCAGUGCUCAGGCAGCCACGGCCAGGGAGCUAGUGAGGGUGAUGGGGCCAGGACCUGCCCCUGACCAAUGACACCCACACCUCCUCCCAGGAAGACUGCCCAGGCCUUUGUUAGGAAAACCCACGGGCCACCGCCACACUCAGUGCCAUGGGGAAGCGGGUGUCUCCCCCACCAGCCCCACCAGGCGGUGUAGGGGCAGCAGGCUACACUGAGGACUGUGAGCCCCAGGCCCCGUGUCAGUGCCUUUGAACCUCCUCCCCCAUUCUCAGGGGACCUGAGGGGCCCUGCCUGCUGCUCCCUUCUGUCUCUGUCCAUGCUGCCAUGUUUCUCUGCUGCCAAAUCGGGCCCCUUGGCCCCUUCCGGUUCUGCUUCCUGGGGGCAGGGUUCCUGCCUUGGACCCCCAGUCUGGGAACGGUGAACAUCAAGUGCCUUGCAUAGAGCCCCCUCUUCCCCGCCCAGCUUUUCCAGGGGCACAGCUCUAGGCUGGGAGGGGAGAACCAGCCCCUCCCCCUGCCCCACCUCCUCUCUUGGGACUGAGAGGGCCCCUACCAACCUCUGCCUCUGCCUUGGAGGGAGGGGAGAAGGUCUGUUACCACUGGGGAAGGCAGCAGGAGUCUGUCCUUCAGGCCCCACAGUACAGCUUCUCCAGGGCCAACAGCUGAGGGCUGCUCCCUGCAUCAUCCAAGCAACGACCUCAGACUUUUGCCUUAACCAGCCCUGGGGCUUGGCUCCCCCAGCUCUUAAGUGUGGGGGCAUAGGCAAGACCCCCCUUGUGGUGCCAUAUAAAUAUGUACAUGUGUAUAUAGAUUUUUAGGGGAAGGAGAGUGGGGUCAGGGUAGAGACACCCCUCCCUUGCCCCUUUCCUGGGCCCAGACGUUGGGGGGAGGGAGGGAAAGGAUUUUUACAUUUUUUAAACUAUUUUCUGAAUGGAACAAGCUGGGCCAAGGGGCCCCAGGCCCUGUCCUCUGUCCCUCACAUCCCUUUGCUCCGUUCGUUCAUUCAAAGCAUGUCUUGAGCACCUUCUGUGCCCAGCAUUUUGCUAGGCACACCAGCUAAAUGUGUGUGGGGUGGUCUCUACGCCAGCUCAUCAGUGCCUCCUCGCCCACUUGACUUCACCGGUGCCUUUGCGGGAUCUGUAGGAGGUGGGACUUUUUGUGGGGUUUGGGAUCUCCAGGGAGCCCGACCAAGCUGUCCCCCUCCCCUGUGCCAACCCAUCCCCUAGAGCCCCCUGCUGGCUGGGGGCAGCUCCCAGGAUAUCCUGCCUUCCGACUCUUGUUUCUGAAGCCCCUCCUCCUAACAUGGCGAUUCCAGAGGUCAAGGCCUUGGGCUCUCCCCGGGGUCUAACGGUUAAGGGGACCCACAUACCAGUGCCAAGGGGGGUGUCAAAUGGCGAUGUCGUUGUGCCCCCUUCCCCCAGAGCGGGUGGGGGAGCGAAUAUGGUUGGCCUGCAUCAGGUGGCCCUCCCAUUUAAGUGCCUUCUCUUUGACAGAGCCCCAGUGUAAUGAGAACUAAAGAGAAAGCCAGACCCC